AAGAGAAAUAUCAAUGAUAUAGACUAACUCGAGAGGAGAUUUGAUUUUCACCUAUGAUAACCAUUAGAACUGCUACAAUGUACUAGCUAAUCAUCGUUUCGACCGAUUCUCUUUGGGUGUUGAUUAGCAGUUGGGCAGAAUCUUCGUCAACUGGGCCAUGGAUAAGAUACGGAUUUCCAAGGUUGAUGAUGUUAACAUCAUCCGCCGCGGCAUUACAUUGCAAGGAACUCUGCACCUCACGCCUCACCACCUCAUAUUUAGUCACAUCCCCGCAUCCCCCACUGAAGAUGCUUCGGGUAUUCCGCAGAAGAUACGGCCCAAAGAAUUAUGGAUAACCUAUCCUAUGAUAGCGUCAUGCACAUAUAGGCCUGCUCCUACAGCGUCCCACCAACAGCCUUCAAUCAGAUUGCGAUGCCGUGACUUUGUCUUCGUUGCUUUCCAUUUCUUAGACGAACGGCCUGCGAGGGACGCUUAUGAGACAAUCCGAUCUCUAACAUGCAAGCUCGGCCGCAUAGAGAAGCUCUACGCAUUUAGCUACAGGCCUCAGUCCCCUGAGAAGCAUGUCAACGGUUGGGAUGUGUACGACCCUGUGAAAGAAUGGCAAAGAAUGGGAGUCACCGAGGAAGCCCCAGGCGCGGGCUGGAGGAUAUCGCACAUCAACACUGAUUACCAAUAUUCACCAACGUACCCAGCACUCCUGCCGGUGCCAGCAACGAUAUCUGAUAAUGUGCUCAAUUAUGCUGGGAAAUAUCGCUCGAGGGUUCGAAUACCAGUACUGACCUACCUCCAUCCUAUAAACAAUUGCACUAUAACGCGCAGCUCUCAGCCUCUUGUGGGAGUUCGAGGCAACCGGAGCAUUCAGGAUGAAAAGCUUGUUGCAGCUAUAUUUGCAAGCUCGAAGCCUCGAAUCUUAUCUACGCAGUCCUCCCAGACUGAAUUCGACUCGAGCCCUGAGCCGAGCCAAGUGGAAGCUGGCAAUGCUAGCCUGGAGAAUAGUAUGACCGACACAGAGGCUCUGGAGGAUGAGGUCCUAUGGCGGGCGAGCGCAGGGUCUGGCUCAAGUGAACAUCGGACCUAUGGGGCUCAACAGCAUAACUUAAUUGUCGAUGCUCGGCCCACUGUCAACGCUUAUGCGAUGCAGGCUGUCGGACUAGGCUCGGAGAACAUGGAUCACUAUCCGUUUGCGGCAAAGGCAUAUUUGGGAAUUGACAACAUCCAUGUCAUGCGCGAUUCUUUGAAUAAAGUAAUGGAUGCACUGAAAGAUUCCGAUCUCACUCCUCUGCCUCCCAACCGUGAGCAGCUUGCCAGAAGCGGUUGGCUCAAACAUAUUACAAGCAUGCUAGAAGGGGCUGCGUUGAUUGCGAGACAGAUAGCGCUCCAACAUUCGCAUGUUUUGAUUCACUGCUCGGAUGGUUGGGAUCGAACUAGUCAGCUCAGCUCUCUGAGCCAACUCUGUUUAGACCCGUAUUAUCGAACACUUGAAGGCUUCAUAGUUCUUGUGGAGAAGGACUGGCUUUCAUUUGGGCAUAUGUUUCGUCACCGAUCUGGAUUUCUCAACAGCGAGAAAUGGUUCGUCAUCGAAAAUGAAAGGCUCGGGGGGGUUGGAAGCGCAGGGAGCGGAAGCGGUCUCAACCCCAGUGGAGGAGGAAAUGCAUUUGAGAAUGCUCUUCUAAGUGCCAAGGGAUUCUUCAACAAAGACAACGCGAGCCGCGAUUCUCUCGCCGAGUCCGACGGCGAAAUGACGCCCUUUGACGUGUCACCUUCUUCGAGGAAACGAAACGCAACCGCCAAAGAAGGUGCACAAGGCGACAGAGAGGUCACCAAAGUGAAGGAAACCAGCCCCGUUUUCCACCAAUUCCUUGAUGCAACGUACCAACUCCUGUACCAGUAUCCGACACGUUUUGAAUUCAACGAGCGGUUUCUUCGCAGGCUUUUGUAUCACCUGUAUUCGUGCCAAUAUGGCACGUUUCUCUACAACAAUGAAAAGGAUCGCGUGGAGGCCAAGGUCAAGGAAAGAACAAGGAGCGUGUGGGACUAUUUUCUAGCCCGAAAAGCGCAAUUUAUAAAUGAAAAUUACGACCCUCUUAUUGACGAUAGGGAGAAGGGCCACGAAAGAUUGCUCCUGCCCCGGGUCAACGAGGUUCGGUGGUGGAACGAAGUUUUUGGCCGUACCGAUGCGGAGAUGAAUGGGCCGACGUUUAACUCUGUUAGAAGUUCGCCUGGUGUUUUGACUGGCGUUGAAACAUCAGAAACGAGCUUAGGUGCUGGUGUGCCCGACAUUGGUGCACCCAGUAUGCGAUCAUCAAACCGUGUGGCCAGUCUCGGGAGUGGAUUGUCAGGGCUGACCCUGAGCGGUAAGGGACGAGGCCCACGAGGCUCUAGGAGCCCCGGCCCUCCUCGGCCCGAAAUGGAGGUGGAGAUGCAGUAAAUUUGCUCGUUAUGUGGGGGAUGACGGCCACGUUGCGACAAAAUGUUUCAACAUGAUGUAUCAUUUUAGUGCCCUUGACCAUCUUUUGCUGACCUUUUACCCAUCAAUUUUCUUUGUCUGAUAUAAAGCAUCCAUCUGCAAGAGGCAUUAGCAGAGGGCGUUCUACGGCGAUGUUGUUGGGGCUGUCAUUAUUCAUUUGUAUUUGGUGGUUAUUAUAUUGACGGACAGGAUAUAGCUCUUAUCGAUAGGCGUGACCUAUCCCGUGUGCAAUUUCAGUUUAGCGCGAUAUCAUUGUACUGCAGAAACCAUCUCUACCAACC